AUGGGUCGACCUGGCGCGAUGCUCGUCCAGUCCCAGCCCACGCCUGGCGGCAUUACCGAAGGCAACCUCGCGGAAUGGUACUUCAACAAGCACAUUCCCGAAGUUCUCAGUACCGGUGGCGUGCGCGGUGUCUUAUUCUGUCACGUUGACCGUAAAUCAUCCAAGCACUAUGUUGGAGAGCCCGUGCCGAAACAGUUUCUGGCUGUGUAUCUGCUUCACGACUUAGAUUGGCUGCAUGAAGAGGAUUGCGGACUGUGGAAGUUGUCGUUAGUGCUGGCCUCUGAUGAUCAGGCGCUAGAAGAACAACACAGAGGCAGGAGUGUCUUUGAGGUUGCUGAAUUCACGACGUACUUUUGGGAGGUUGUCGAUUCCACAACGCACCAGGGGAUGGCAACCCAGCUCCCCGCCACCACUCCUGACAAUGUCAAGGCUGCUGAUGAACCGCCCAAGCGCCUCGUGCUCUCGUACUUGGACAACCCUCCCCGCGAUCAUUCUUUCGCUGAGACUCGGUCAAAGCUCUCAGACUCCAACUGGAUAUCGGCGCCGGGCCUGAGGCCAAGACAACCAGCGGUCAUGUCAACGUUGUUCAAGGUUGACGAGACACGCCCUGGCCCGCCUGGCAGCAAGAGUAAGGAGGGCGAUGUACCGGCGGCACUUCCAGAGAAACAAUAUUUGCAUUUGUGUCAACUUUCCCGCCACGGCCCAGACGACAUCCCAUUUAUCCAGUCCGACCUCCAACCCGACCGCUGCUCGUCCAGGGUUGAAUACAGGGUGAUGGUCGAAUAUGGUGACACAAAAGGCUUCACAGUCCAACCAUAA